GGUGAUCACACUGUCUACAGCCACCCAGGACACGUACGAACUGAAACGUUUCUCGGGCAAGCUUUGGGACAGAGCCGUGAGACAUGUACAGAUCAAGGAGAACGAAAUGCGGAGAACGAAGAACAACAUCAACACAAACGUCAUAUUCCCGCAUCUCAUGUACACCUUGUACCCUUUCGUGGAGGAGAAAAAUACCAGUGUCCGUGAGAUGCUAAAACGUGAAAAGAUGAAAAAGUUCAAGAGGAAGAAGAACAAACCCAACCAGAUCCCUAUGCUGACGACGGGCCGAAUGAACAGAAUGCAUCGCAUCCGACACUCUCGCAGAAGAAGCAAAGUCCGUAAAGGCUGAGUCUCGCGGUCUUCCACUUUCCCUUGUCCCUGUUGUUAUUGCAUAGAUUUACCUCAUCCAUAAUGUGAAAUACCCAUCUGUUAUUUAUACAUUGCUGCACGUAUACUGCCCGCUAGUGUUCAGAAGACGCACGAAAGUCAUGAGUUGUUCUGAUUGGUCAGUUAUGUCGUCCAAUGUCUACUCACAUACGCUACACUCUGUGAAUAUGGUUGGCUAAUAAAAAUUGCGCUCGAAUCAGGAAGUGGUGUAUGCUUGCUUCAUUCGAUAUGGUGCUUACGUCAGCAAAAUCGUGCUUUCGCCUGAAACGGUUCUGUGAUUGCCUCAGCAGAUAUUGAGCUCACUCCCGAUUCGAGGUCGCUGACUGACCUCUAAAGCACAAGCCUCCAGGGGGAAGUGAAUGAAGCACAACAUUGUCACCCACCACAAACAAAUGUGUGGCAUCGUGGUGAAACCAGGCGCUCGUCUCACAGAAAUACAACCCCCCCCCGAGAAUAAAUAAAUCGAACAAAUCAAUAAUUUUCUACCUGUUAUGAAAUAUUUUUUUUAUCGAUUUGCUCUUUAACUCUACGUCUGUUAUGUCCAUUUAAAAGCACAUAUAUAUGAGUGGAUUUUGUUGAAAGAACAUUGAUCAAAGGCACACAAAAAAUGUACAUUUGCAUUUUCCAAAGAUACUCCAGCUUUGGAGGUCACAUAGCCUUGGCAGCCAUUUUUUUUCUUCAGUUUUUACAUCUGACACCAGGCGACACCCACCUUCUUUAAUCACAAAAAUAUCUCGAAUCCUCUUCAAAAUGGAUGAGUAUUUUCUUCCACUAAAGCAAGACAAAUGUUCCCGUUUUUGAAUUGUACAAAUCACUCUAUGUGUCCAAAAAUUGACGAGCGCCUGAUUCCAUCGUGUCAUGGCACAAAUGAAACUGGCUUACUGAGCACGGGUUAGCAUUAAAAAAAUGGCACUUGCAUUAUGGCUACUAAUGUCGUUAACAACGCAAAACCCAAGUUAGCUAAGCACUCAUUGUCAUCUUCAUAUUAAUUAGUUGUUCAUUGUAUAGUUAUUGGCUUUUGUGACAUCAAACGCCUUGCUUGUAUUGCGGAAGUCUGUGCCUCUAGAAGACUUGAAUACUGCAAUUUAGUUAAACAAUUCAUCUAAACCCUCUACACUUUUCACUUGAAGUCUGACACAGACAGACUAGAUAGGGGUUCAAAAAUGAGAACUUGGAGGAGGCAAAAUCUUGUCACGCUGAAAGUUGAAACAUAAAAAAGGACUUUGUGACAUCAUGCAGAAAAAUUCAUGCCAUGGUCACAUUACUACAGUUCGUGACGUCAUACCACAUCGUGUGACGCUAGCCGUAGUGACAUUUUACCCCAAACGGUCACAUAAUGUAACGGUAGAGACCUGGAGACCAGACUGCCACGUCACGCAAUGUCUGUUCACAUCGGUAGUCGUCUCGGACACGGGAGUAGCGUUCCUCCGUUGAUUUUGAUUUUUCAGAAUUGUCAGUCUAUUAGCAAAAAAAAACGGUUUGCAUAACUAACAAUGGGGGUCUUUUUUAAUGUGCUAUCAUACUUUCAGCUGUCGAGAAAUGUUCCAGGAAGAGCACCAUGCAGGAUAAAGUGUACAGCAACAUCUCUGAUCUCCUGUAGUAGAGUCAAAGUCAGGGCGUCUAGUCUAAUCUAUAGUCUAGUCUAGUCUAGUUCAGGUCAGUUCAGUCCAAUCCAGGCUAACCUAGCCUAGCCUAGCUUUAGUUUAGUUUAGUUUAGUUUAGUUUAGUUUAGUUUAGUUUAGUUUAGUUUAGUUUAGUUUAGUUUAGUUUAGUUUAGUUUAGUUUAGUAGUUUAGUUUAUUAGUUUAGUUUAUUAGUUUAGUUUAUUAGUUUAGUUUAGAUUAGUUUAGUGAUUAUGGAGAUUAAAGAAGUAAGAGAUACCUGUGACACAAUCCUGUCACCUGUUUGCGUUUAUUCUUUUAUACCAAUCAGAGAUACAGGAAAAUGAGGUUCAUUUGCCUAGUGAGACAAUCAGUAACAUAGAUGUCAUUGUAUAUUGUUGUUGACCAUAACGGGGUUCUGUGCAUCAAUUCCGCAUUCUGCACUUUUAAUCGUCAUUGUUGCAAUUGAGGUAAAAUAUCGUGUAAGAAGUCAGUAGAAUUAGACACACAACUUUCUAGGACGGCAUAGAAUUGGUAUAUAAUAUACGUGUAUAUAGGACGUUCAUACUUAUCAUAGUCUAUGUUAUCUAUAUCUGCGUAAUUAUCAGAACGUUCUCACCUAGUGAGGCCAGAAUUUGUUUUUCUUUAAACUGAAUCUGCUGGUGAGCUUAUAGGAUCUUAUGCUUGUGGUUACUACUGUUGUUUUUUAUUUUGCAUGCACGAUGUUCUAUUCGAUUGUAUGAAUUACUCUGUCGGGCGGAUAUAGAAGGUCAGUGAAAUGAAAUGAUAAUAAUACAAUCCUUUUAAUUAAUGUUCUGAACUUAAACUUGCAUUACCCUUACUGUUUAGACUGUAUUAUGAGAUAUUGUUCAUAUCAUUUGUUGCUAUCCUGUCCAUUAUUCAAAACAUUUGUUUGAUGAGAAUAAUGGUUACAUUGAUUUAAAUAUGACCUUGUCACGAUGAGGUUGUAUUCGUCAAGUUUAUCAUUUUCAUGCACAGUCAAUGAUGCCUCUUGUGAAACUUAAUAUCAAGCACGCAUACAUACGCACACGUUCAUUCAUACACACACAAAACAAACAAGCAGUCAAACAAACAUACAAAUAAAAAUAAUGUUCACCCUCUCGUGCGUACACAUACGCACACAUCCACACCUCCACACGCAAGUACACACACCCACUCACCCACAAACCCACAAACCCACAUGCAUACACAAAUGCUCUCACAAACGUACAAUCAAGCGUGCAUACAACUAACUCGUGGUAUGCCUGUAUGCCGUUAAUGAACAUGAACUGAAACCAGUAUUCUGUGAUACAUGCAUGUUAAAUUAUGGCCUGUACAAAUUACACGUUGGCUUUUGUCUCGACUACUUCAUUGUUGAUCAAAAUAAUCAUUGUGUACAGAAACAUGUUGUCAUGUCGUGGAUCUAGAAGUGAUAAUGUUUAUUUGAGUAAAGAAAAGCACAUCACCGUAGCAACAGUCCUUAAGUGCAAGAAAAAUGUACGAUCAGAUAGACAGACGAAACGACUUAGAGUAUGGAUAUAAGUAUAGAACCUAGUAUUAGCGCUCUCCAGUCACCGGGUGGAGAAGCACCAAAGUCCCACCCUGCUUUAAGAAAAGUAAUAGAUAAGCUUUGGGGUUGUUUUUUCUCAACAGUUAAUUUACCUUUUUUUAAAAUUAAAUUUGAAGGUUUGUGCUUUUAACAAAGAAUGCUAAAGCUAUUUGAAAAUCACAGUCUUGUUUUAGGUUGAAAUGUUUUCCGUUUUCUGAUCAACGUAAAUGUGGACUUGAUUUUUGGCACGUUUAGUUUACGACAUAUUAUUAUAUUUGCUUUUGUUUGUUUUUGUUUUUUUUAGUUUUAAUUGAUCGAUAAAUCAUAAAUUUUAGGCUUCAAUUCAUCUCUUUGUAUACAGAUCUACAAUUUAUUGUAUCUUUUAAUAUUAUUUUUCAAAGAUGCUCGGUGAGAAAAUAUUUCAAUUAAAACAGAAGCCGUUUGCUUAUGUUGCAUGUAGGUACGGAAAGUUCUUGAAAUAAAGUCAUAAUGCUGCAUUAUUCAUGCGUACAAAGUAGAUACGCUUCGAAACAA